AUGGUGUUGUUUAGGAGAAAACAUAGUAGAUCUAUCAAUGUUCAUUCUUGGCCUCCGUCAAAUCUCACCGGUCGGUGUGCUUACUCCGGUGAGGAUAACUCCUCAACGACGUUUGUCUUUUAUCCAUCCAGCGGCAGCAUCUCCUCCAUCUUCGACAACCACCUUCCCCUCUCCACUGCUUGUUUUGCUUGGUCGGGUGUUGACGAACAAGCUUCAGAAGGUUGGGUCAUGCCCAUUAAGAGUAUUAUUAAAAUUUCAGGUGGGUUCACUGAGAUCUAUGUUUCAAACGUCAUGUAUCUUUCUUGUUUGAAGAAUUUACCGGUCAAUCUACCUGGACUGUUUCUAUCUCCAUCACCCUUCUCUUCAGAGGAGAAAACCUUACCACCAUUUCCUCUUCCAUUGGAAAGAGAUGAUUCCUCGGCCUCGUUGCCGAGUGUUUGUUUCAGUUUCUUCAUCGGUUUGCUAUCUUGCGGAGCGGUCUCCACGGGACCAGAAGAUGCAACCAAGAUUACUUUGGUAAUUCUCGUAGAUGAAGUCUGGACCUCAACGUCACAUUAUGUGACUAUUCCUCAGCUGUCCGACAUUGUCGUGAAAGCUUCCCCGACGCAUUCAAGCAUCGUCUCGAAUUCGCUGUCAUCUUCGAUUGAAGACCUAUCUUGCUUAGUUUAUUUAUCUGUUGCAUUUUCUGUUUAUGGUCAAAAGAGGAUGGAUAAUUCCCUCUUUCUAUUGUAUGGAAGAAUUUUAAAUUGAAUGAAAGUAAGCUGUGUUUCAAAAAAAAUAAAAAAUAAAAAAAAUAAUUAAA